AUGUCAUCAAGUGAACAAUUUGAAGAAAUUGAAGAUGAUGAUAGGCUUCAAUUAUUAUCAGAUCUUAUUAAUAAUCCCUCAACAUCUGAUAAGAAAAAAGCAAAAUGUCUUCAUCAACGUAUUAUUAUCAACUAUGAAAAUAAAAAAUGGCUAAAUGUAGUCGAUGACAUAAAAAUGUUUGAGGAAAUAAAUAAUUCUGGUGUAUUUUCAGUUUUAAAAAUUAAAGUUAGACUUUAUGAACAUUGUCGAAAAGCACGGCUCUCCAUCAUGAAAAUGAUGGAUAAUGGAAGUGAAAUGCCAAUACGUUGUCGAUCAGCAAAGAAAUCAAUCAAGCGAUUAACAAAAUAA